GAGAUUGGCAAAUAUUUGUCCCUUCUGUUUUGUCCCCUAGGUUGAAGUUUUUGCUAUACACACAUGAUCUUUUGCUGAGCCUUGAAGCUGUUCAAUUGUUGAUGUUGCAUAUACAUCCUCAUCCUCUAUCUCGAAUCCUCAUUAAUCGUCACUCCUAUGAAAAAACUCACCCAUCACUCCAUCAGAUAAUUAAUUUUUUUUUAAAAAAAUAAAGAAAUGCAAAGAGACUCCUGCAAAUUAUCAUCAUUUGUUGAAAAUUCCUGAAAAUUUCACUCAUCCCCAACUAAACUGAGCAAAAAUGGCCUCCUGUAUCUCAGCUAGCAACUCACUCUCUUUCUCUCUCCUCCAGAAAAGAUCCAAUCUUUUCACUCCCUCAAUUACCCACUACAAAUUGCUCAAUUCUAACUCAACCCAUGAUUUAAUCCUCCAAAAGGGCACUUCUCAUUUCAACAUUUCCCCUCUUUUUCUCUCUCCUCUUUCAAUUUCUCCCCACUUUAGGGCAUCCUCAAAUGUGGGUUCAGAUACUUUGGAAAACAACAACAAUUUGGAGUUGACAAUUUUAGGAGAGAAACCUGUGAAAACUGUGUUGUGGGUGUUGUUUUGGACAUCUGUUUCUCUUGUUGUUUUUGCAUUUUCUAAAGAUGCAGCUAAAGCUGCUUCUGUUUCUGUUUCUGUUGUUACUGAUUCUUCUAUAAAAGCUUCGAGUUUUGGGGUUAAAGUUGCCAGUUUUUUGAGGGGUUCUGGGUGGCCUGAUGAAGCUGUUGUUUUUGCUCUUGCUACUCUUCCUGUUAUUGAGCUUCGUGGAGCAAUUCCUGUUGGUUAUUGGAUGAAACUCAAUCCAAUUUUGCUCACUGUCUUAUCCAUUUUAGGGAACAUGGUUCCAGUUCCGUUCAUUGUACUUUACCUAAAGAAGUUAGCCAAUUUUCUUGCUGGGAAGAAUCGUGCAGCAUCAAGAUUUCUGGACAUGCUAUUUGAGAGGGCGAAAGAGAAGGCUGGUCCUGUGGAAGAGUUCCAAUGGCUUGGUUUAAUGCUGUUUGUAGCAGUGCCUUUUCCUGGGACUGGAGCGUGGUCUGGCUCUAUCAUUGCUUCAGUGUUGGACAUGCCCUUCUGGUCUGCCGUAUCAGCAAAUUUCUUCGGUGUCGUGGGCGCUGGACUUCUUGUGAAUUUGCUAGUGAAUCUUGGUCUCAAGUAUGCCAUUAUAACUGGUGUUUUCCUCUUUAUUGUUUCAACGUUUAUGUGGAGUGUGCUGCGGAGUCUUAGAAAGUCUCUACACUCACAAAAUUAACCCUUCUUUAAUCUAAUUACUGAUUUCUCA